AUGGGCGGCUCCGAGCGCGGCUGGAGCCUGUCCUUCGCGGGCUGCGGCUUCCUGAUCUUCUACCACCUCGGGGCCACCCGCUGCCUGGGCGAGCGCGCCCCGCACCUCCUCCGCGACGCGCGCAUGUUCUUCGGGAGCUCGGCCGGGGCGCUGCACGGCGUCACCUUCCUCUCAGGCCUCCCUCUCGACCACACUCUGCAGGUCCUCGCAGGCCUCGUCCACUCGGUCAGGAGCCGGGCCCUGGGCGUCCUGCACCCGUCCUUCAGCAUGGUCCGCUUCCUCCGCGAGGCCCUGCACAGGCACCUCCCGCCCGACGUGCACACGCUCAUCUCGGGCAGAAUGUACAUCUCGCUCACCCGCGUGUCCGACUGGGAGAACGUGCUGGUGUCCGACUUCCGGUCCAAAGACGAAGUGGUGGACGCCUUGGUCUGCUCCUCCUUCAUCCCCUUCUUCUUCGGCUUCAUCCCUCCAACCUUCAGAGGCGUGCGGUACGUGGAUGGAGGGUUUAGCAACUCUAUACCCUCCCUGGAUGACAAAGCGACCAUCACCGUGUCGCCCUUCCUCGGGGAGCAUGACAUCUGUCCUAAGGUCAAGUCCACGAACUUCCUGCAUCUGGACCUGUACAAGCUCAGCCUCCGCUUCUGCUUGGAGAACGUCUACCUGCUCAACAAAAUCCUGUUCCCGCCGGAUAUCAAGGUGCUUGGAGAGAGAUUCCUGCAAGGGUACUUGGAUGCGGCCAGAUUCCUGGAAGAAAAAGGCAUCUGUGACGGGCCCCGGCCAAGCCCGGGGGUGCCCUCCGGAGCGCCCGAGUUCCUCCCGUUCUCCUGGGAAACCACGGGCCCCGAGGCCUCCCCCGGGGCGGCUGCCUGGCAGAGGAGCCCUGAGGUGGCCGAGCUGCUGACCCACCUGCGUGCCCACCUCCUGCCCAGGGACGAGAGCCUCCUGGAGACCCUGCCGCCCCCGCUCAUCGCAGGGCUGUGUGAGGCGCUGAAACCCCGCGGGGGCUGCCUGAGCAAGCUCUGCAGCCUCCUGCCGGUGAAGGUCAUGUCGUACGUGAUGCUGCCCUGGACGCUGCCCGUGGAGUCCGCGGUGGCGGUGGUGCAGAGACUGGUGCUGUGGCUUCCCGACAUCCCUGCCGACGUCCAGUGGCUGCUGUCCACACCCUUCCAGGUUUGUUCUCGAGGGUGA